AUGGCCGGGCGGCCGUAUGCGCCUGAAGCUUCCGACAAACCAAACGCCCUGCUGGACAUAGAGGCUUCUCAAUCAUAUUACAAUUCCGGGCAGAGACCGCCGGUCGACGACUCUCAGCUGCUAAGAACGUUUAAUAUUGACGACUCCGACGAACCCCAACCGAGACCUUCCACGAGUUACGAUGACUUUGUUGGCGGAAGGAAUCCCAACGGGGCGCCGGGUAACGCGCAGCAAGCAUCGGCUGCUGGAUCCUCUGGUCGCCCGUUCACAGCUCCUUAUAUGACCGAACAAACGAGGAAUUACUCACAAACCUCGGAUCUACACAAUUACUCCAAGUACGGCGACGAUUUUGGCGACGAGGACUCUGGAUACAAAUACUACGAUGGUGGAGGGCAGGCUUUGGAUGAAAAUAUACCAGGCGGGGGAGUUAAAGUGGUCGGGAGACAUCAUGCACACAACCGGAGCAGUCUCAUGUCGAUGGGCGGCCUCGUGGAUAGAGCCAAGGGCAUGGUUGGUCUACGAGACAGCAACUACUCUGAUAUGGCGCUACCUUUGACGGAACAAGGCAUGCAGCACUCGAGGGUUGAUACUGCUGGCACAGAAGACGAUCAUUCGACCAGAGGAAAAAGAAGUUUUCCCACACUGGAUGACCUCAAGUCCAUCUUUGAGCGUAAAAAGGUUGACCCUGCUACUCUUGGGCCACGAAUCAUCCACCUCAACAAUACUCAGGCGAACGCAGCAAACGGCUGGGUGGACAACCACAUCUCAACUGCCAAGUACAACAUUGUGACAUUUUUGCCCAAAUUCCUAUUUGAGCAAUUCUCAAAGUACGCCAACUUGUUCUUCUUGUUCACCGCCAUCCUCCAACAGAUACCCAAUGUGUCGCCCUUGAGCAGGUAUACGACAAUUGUGCCGUUGGGAAUUGUCCUCGCUGUCUCUGCCAUCAAGGAGCUUGUUGAGGAUCACAAGAGGAAGGCUGCCGACAAAUCACUUAAUGACUCCAGGGCGAGAGUGCUUCGGGGGUCGGAUUUUGUCGACACGAAAUGGAUCAAUGUCGCCAUCGGUGACAUUGUUCGAGUUGAAUCUGAAGAGCCUUUCCCCGCUGAUUUGGUUCUACUGGCAAGUUCCGAACCAGAGGGAUUAUGCUACAUUGAGACUGCCAAUCUGGAUGGUGAAACGAAUCUCAAGAUCAAGCAGGCCAUUCCAGAGACGGCUCACUUGAUCAGCCCCGCUGAACUGGGAAGAUUAACUGGACGCCUGAAGUCGGAACAGCCGAACAGCAGUCUAUACACAUAUGAAGCAACCGUCACCAUGACCGGUACUGGUGGGGAGAAAGAGUUCCCACUUGCUCCGGAUCAACUACUGCUUCGUGGAGCUACACUUAGAAACACUCCAUGGGUGCACGCGGUGGUCGUUUUCACGGGCCACGAAACAAAGCUGAUGCGAAAUGCGACCGCAACACCUAUCAAGCGCACAGACGUCGAGCGCAUGCUGAACAAGCAAAUUCUCAUGCUUGUAGCCCUUCUCCUCGUUCUGAGUGCGAUCAGUACCAUCGGAGAUAUCAUCGUGAGAUCAACCGCUGGACAAAAGCUGACCUACCUCUACUAUGGAAGUUUCAAUGCGGCUUCGCAGUUCUUCUUGGAUAUAUUCACCUACUGGGUCUUAUAUUCAAAUUUGGUCCCGCUGUCGCUCUUCGUCACCAUCGAGCUCGUCAAAUACUAUCAAGCCUUCUUGAUCAACGCCGACCUGGAUAUAUACUACCCGGAUACCGAUACUCCUGCUGUUUGUCGGACAUCGUCACUUGUCGAAGAGCUUGGACAAAUUGAAUAUGUAUUCUCGGACAAGACCGGUACGCUGACUUGCAACAUGAUGGAGUUCCGACAGUGCUCAAUCGGUGGCUUUCGAUAUGCUGGGGUGGUUCCCGAGGAUCUCCGAGCAGAGAGCCCAGAUGAUACCAAUGGUGUCCAUGACUUCAAUCGUCUCCGGGAGAAUUUGAAGUCACAUCCAUCUAGUGGAGCUAUCCAUCAUUUUUUGACGCUUCUUGCAGUCUGUCAUACCGUCAUUCCAGAGCGUAAGGACGAGAAGUCUGAUAUCAAAUAUCAAGCAGCAUCUCCAGAUGAGGGCGCCUUAGUUGAAGGUGCAGUCACCCUUGGCUACAAGUUUGUCGACCGAAAGCCUCGGUCUGUGUUUGUUGAAGUGGAAGGACAAGAAGUGGAGUACGAACUGCUUGCUGUGUGCGAGUUCAAUUCCACUCGUAAACGUAUGUCGACUAUCUUCCGAUGUCCUGACGGCAAGAUCAGGGUCUACUGCAAAGGCGCAGACACGGUGAUCUUGGAACGAUUGCAGAAAGAAAACCCGAUCGUCGAUGUUACUUUGCAACAUUUGGAAGAUUACGCCACAGAAGGUCUCCGGACUCUUUGUCUUGCUAUGCGUGAGGUUCCCGAGCAGGAAUACUUAGAAUGGCGCCAGGUCUUUGACAGGGCCGCAACCACAGUUGGUGGGAACCGUGCUGAGGAGCUUGACAAAGCCGCUGAGAUCAUCGAGCACGACUUCCUUCUCCUCGGGGCGACAGCAAUAGAGGAUCGUCUCCAAGACGGGGUACCUGAUACAAUCCAUACUCUGCAGCAGGCAGGCAUCAAGGUGUGGGUGCUCACGGGCGACAGGCAAGAGACCGCCAUCAACAUCGGAAUGAGCUGUAAACUGAUCAGCGAGGAUAUGACCUUGCUGAUUGUGAAUGAAGACAACGCUGCAAGUACCCGGGACAAUCUACAAAAGAAAUAUGAUGCCAUCCGGAAUCAAGCCGCAUCCGGUGAACAAGACACACUUGCACUGGUCAUCGAUGGAAAGUCCUUGACAUAUGCUCUCGAGAAGGAUAUGGAGAAGUUGUUCCUGGACCUGGCGGUCAUGUGUAAGGCGGUCAUAUGUUGCAGAGUGUCGCCGUUGCAAAAGGCCCUCGUGGUCAAACUUGUGAAACGCCACCUGAAAGCCUUGCUUCUCGCGAUUGGUGACGGAGCCAACGAUGUUUCCAUGAUCCAGGCAGCACAUGUUGGAGUCGGCAUCAGCGGCGUCGAAGGCCUCCAAGCGGCUCGGAGUGCCGACGUGGCCAUCGGACAGUUUCGAUACCUCAAGAAACUCCUCUUGGUACACGGAGCCUGGAGUUAUCAGCGUAUCAGUAAGGUCAUCCUAUACUCGUUCUACAAGAACAUUGCGAUGUUUAUGACACAGUUUUGGUACUCUUUCCAAAAUGCCUUCUCGGGCCAAACCAUCUACGAGUCUUGGACGUUAUCAUUCUACAACGUCCUGUUUACUGUGUUGCCGCCGUUCGCCAUGGGCGUCUUUGACCAAUUCAUCUCGGCACGCAUGCUGGACCGCUACCCUCAGCUUUAUCAACUCACUCAAAAGGGCACCUUUUACCGCAUGCACUCGUUUUGGUCGUGGAUAGCCAAUGGUUUCUACCACUCCAUCCUGGCCUACAUCUUUUCGUCUUACUUCUUCAAGGACGAUCUGAUUCUUUCCAACGGCAAGAUUGGUGGGCACUGGCUCUGGGGAACAUCCACCUACACCGCAAUCUUGCUGGUGGUACUCGGAAAAGCGGCAUUGAUCACGAACAUCUGGACAAAGUACACCGUCAUUGCAAUCCCCGGAUCAUUCAUCAUCUGGCUCGCCUUCAUCCCCGCGUACUCUUACGCGGCGCCGAACAUCGGAUCGGGCUUCUCGACGGAACUCCGGGGCAUCAUCCCCGUCAUGUUCAGCUCACCUGCGUUUUACGCGCUGUGUCUGAUCCUGCCGCCGGCCUGUCUGCUCCGGGAUUUUGCGUGGAAAUACGCCAAGCGCAUGUACUUGCCCCAGGCGUACCAUCAUAUCCAGGAGAUCCAGAAAUACAACGUGCAGGAUUACCGACCGCGCAUGGAACAGUUCCAGAAGGCGGUGCGCAAGGUCAGACAGGUGCAGCGCAUGAGGAAGCAGAGAGGCUACGCCUUUUCGGCAGGAGACGAAGGUGGGCAGCAGAUGAGAGUGCUCAACGCUUACGACACGACGAGGCAACGAGGUCAAUAUGGUGAACUAAUCAGUGGGAGAGGCAGGUAA